GGUGCGCCUUUUAGCGACCUCUCUCUCUCUGUUAUUCCUGCUCUGCUCUGCUUUGCUCUUGUUCUUUUGUCUUUGCAUUCGCCUUUUGUUGCGCACCCCCCUUCGCGCCCGUUCUCCCUCAGCUCCAACCGCGCCUCUUAAUACCAAUACAACCAGCCCAGACCAACCCCCCGGGCCCCCGACCGCUUCCUCCCUCAACCCUGAACCAGGACACGCGAAUACCUCAUCUCAGAACCUCUGCGAGAGCAUACAUCACCAAUGCUCUGAAGGAACGAUGGUCGCCGACGAGGUCUAUGAAGCUUGCCUGCCGGUCUUGCAGGACGAGUCGCUGGAGGAGGAUGAACAGACGGACAAGCUAGAGGAGCUGUUGCGCAACCAAACUGGCCUCACGGGCAAGUCCUUGGAGAACAUCGUCCUAGAUUGUCUCUGGCGCUUUCGCGAUGCUGGCAAUAGCUCUGCCUCUCCUCCACCAAGCCGUGCUACCAUAAUACGGCGAGCUUCGCCUGCUCCGUGGCAGGCCAAUCGCGCCCCGACCCCUGUGAACCACUCCCCCAGAACCAUACAUCCACCGCCAGGCUUUGGCAUAGUUCCUCCUGGCUUCUCACGAGCAAAGUCUUCGAAUGCGUCUCCCUUCACCUCUCCUCGCCCAUCCCCACGGCUUGCCUUCUCGAGUCCACACAUCCCUCACAGCCCAAGCCUUAGUGCAUACCAAUUCAGUGAGCGGGUGAGCCCUGCCCCUGAUCUCUAUGGCGACCUUGGUAGCGAUUCUGUAGAUUGGCUUGUAAACGAUGACUCCGGAAGCACAGAGUCUUCCUCUUUCCUCGGCGAUGGGACGCUUAAUGGCGCUGCAGCCGAGUGGGUUCAGCCCCAGGCAAUGGAUAUGGGUCCAUAUGACAUGCUUCGCUCGAUCCUGAGGGACGACCGUCCCGAUGAAGAGAUCGAGAAGGCUCUCGAGUCAAAUGGCUAUGAUCUAAGUGCUGCUCUCCUGGCUCUCAUGGGCACCCAAGCCUACGAAUCUCAACAGUUAGCUUCCUCGUUACCUGAACAGGGCACGUAUCUUGUUGGCAAGUCUAUGAGCCCAGCUUUCAGACCCGCUACUCCAGCCGGGCAGUCAAAGAGCAACAUCGUGUGCAAGUACUUCUUAUCCACCGGACAUUGCGCGAGAGCAGAUUGCAGAUUUAGCCAUGAUACCAGUAAAACCCUCUGCAAAUACUACAUGAGCGGCAACUGUCUCGCGGGCGAAACAUGUUUGUUUUCCCAUGACCCUUCGGCCUUGAUGGCUCGAAUGGUCAUCUCAGACGCAUCGACUCCUCCAGUGCACGCUGCCAUUCCUCAUUUCCAAAUGCAGGACUACGAAGCAUUCCCAUCCCUUCAGGGUUCUGGCUCGCCUCACUACACGCCGCAACUUUCGAACGCAGAGCCCACCUCUCUCGAGCAGCUCUACGGGCUCACUUCUGGAGCUACGCAUCCGCCCCCUGGCCUCAGUCCUUAUCCCACGUUCGUACCUGGCGGUGGCAGUCGCCCAUCGUCGAGGAACGUGAGCCGCCCUCAGUCUCGAUCUACCACACCAUCUGUGCCCGCUGUAGAUGACAAUGAAGCUUUUCCAACUCUGGGAACCGCUGCUAGUACUAAGACUGGGAAAAGACAUCACGGCAAGCGCGGAGGUCAUGGCAACAACAAAGAAGCCACCACGCCAAACAGUUUGGCGGAUGUUGUACGCAUGUCCCCAAGUCCAAGUCCAGCACAGAUUCGUAAGGGUGUCAAAUCUACCAAAAGCUUUACUGGAUCGCGCGAAAACAGUGCCGCCGCGCAAGCUAUACCUGCUCCUGAACAUAUACCCUGGUUGGAGACUGGCGAUGUUGCGAAUAAAGCGUACUUGCAAGCUCGUACUGAAGCCUUCAAGCAUGGUAGUCUGAGAAACAAGUUCUUGCAAAGUGCCGCACAAGCAUGGAAUCGAAGCGAUUCCCGUGCUGCCAAAGCUCUUAGUCUUCGUGGCCAAAGCGAAAACAACCUCAUGCGCGAAGCUCACCGUGAGGCUGCUCGUGUCUUGUAUGAGGAACGGAAUACAGACCUUGGGCCAGACGCUCGCGAGCUCUAUGUAGAUCUCCAUGGCCUACAUCCCGAAGAAGCAGUCUCAUACCUCGAAGGUAUCCUCCUAAAGCACAGCUCCUCUUCUCGUCCAGUCUAUGCCAUCACGGGUACGGGACACCAUUCCAAGAAUGGAAAGGAUAAGGUCGGGAAAGCCGUUCGAAGCUUCCUCAAUGAGUGGCGAUAUGCUUUCCGCGAGUUCUCGGUCCCUGGCGAUCGCAACAAUAUCGGUGGCAUCUUGGGCAUCGACCCUACUACCUACGACAAGAGUGUCGCAGAGCGGGCUAAGGAGAGUGAAGGUGGCUCAACAAGUGAGCCGGAUGGGGCGAAGAAGGACACAAAGGUCCGUAUAAUGAAGAGAGACGAAGUUCUGGCUGCUCCUAGAGGACCGAAGCGAAACGCCGGUCUGUAGAAAGGUAGAAAGAAUCAGAAAUAUAAAUUCCCAUCUUCCAACA